CUGGCAGACUGUGGUGUAGGUCACUGGCUGUCGAUGCCCUAACCGUCCUCUGUACCUUUAAGGGAACGACAUACCUUUUUCAUCCACCAGAUUCUGCUGAUAUGAACUACCAUCAACCUUUAUAUCCAGAGUGGAGCACAUGAGGAGGGGCUGAUGCUGGAGCACACUUUGCCGCCUCUGCAGCAUUUGAUUAGUUAGUAGAACAAAAGCUGUGUUUAGAAUUUGAUUCGUUAAUUUUACGUGUAAUUAAGUUGUUCCUGCUUUUAAUUCAAUUCAUAUUUUUUUUAAAUCUUUAUUUUUAAUUGAAUAUAAUUUAGAGAUGUGUGCUUUUGCAGUCCGUGUGUUUUUGGGAAUCAUUCUCUGUGCACCGUACCAGUGCUUGGAGUGUCCUUUUGGCUGUGAGUGUUUUGCCGUCACUCGCACAGUAAAAUGUGUUUCUAAGGAUUUGCUCACGGUGCCUCAAAGUAUUCCAGGAUAUGCAAAGACUGUCAUCAUCACAGGGAAUAAUAUACACCGGAUUGGACCACAUUCCUUUACAGAGCUGGAGAAUGUCACCAACAUCGUUUUAAGCAAUAAUAGGAUUACAGAGAUGUCAUCUGACAGCUUCUCUGCUCUCAUCAACCUGCGCUUUCUGGACCUCAGUGAGAACCAGCUGGCCCUCAUCCAUCCACAAGCUCUCAGCAUACCCGGCAGUCCCCUUCAGGAGCUCAACCUCAGCCGCUCGCUGCACAAUUUCACCGCCCUGACAGACCUUACCACGGCUCUGCGCUGGGGUGGCCUCAGUGGGCUCCUCUGCCUCGACCUCUCUGGGAACCAGCUCACCCUGCUGCCCCCAGGGAUGUUCUCCCACCUUCCCGACCUGCAGCAGCUCCUCCUCGCCAACAACUCUCUGAUGGCUGUCUACAGUGGAACCUUCUCUGGUAUGAGCCAUCUGGAGAUGCUGGACCUUACACACAAUGCCUUCAUGACAUUCAGUGCUGAUGCUCUACAAGAGCUGAAGAAGCUCGGGAACAUCCGGAUCCUUCUUGGAGACAACCCUUACACCUGCUCCUGUGAGAUCAGAAACUUUGUGGCCUGGCUGAAUGAAUCAAGAGCUCAGGUAGAUGUGGAUGCUGUAAGGUGUGCCUCACCAAGAGGGUUCAGUGACACCUGGCUGAGAGGACUCGGUGACCAUGCCCUCGGAUGCGUUGUUCCAGUACAAGCAGAGGUGACUGACCUCACCCUGCAGACAUCCUAUGUCUUCCUAGGGCUGGUGCUGGGGUUUGUGGGCAUGGUCUUUCUCUUUGUUCUCUACCUGAAUCGCAAAGGUAUGAAGAAGUGGAUCAUUGAAAUGAGAGAUGCGUGUCAGGACGUUCUGGAGGGAUAUCACUACAGAUAUGAGAUUGACUCAGACCCUCGGCUGGGGCACAUCUCUGCAAAUAACGGAGGCAGCAUGGCACAAGGGCAUUUAGGAUUAGCUCUGUCACAGCAGCUGCAAAGUGACACCUGUAUUGUGCAGCUUCCUACAGACACACAGGUUAAACAGCUGACAACCUCUUCACCUGUGAAGCUAUGAUCUUUUAAUGAAGCUAGAAUAAUUUAAAGCAGAUGUAGAUGUGAGAUGCUACUAGAUUUACAAUUCAUGUUUUUGAGCUUCCUGUACAUACUGCAGUUAUUACUUUUAAAUCUUACAAAGUGCUUUCGUGUUUUCGAGGCACUUGUAUCUGUAUAUUUACCUUAA